UGUACGUUUAAAACGGAGAAACGAUGUCCGCGCGUAUAUAUAUUGGCCAUUGGGGUAAUUUUGAGCAUCAACUGCAAAAUUGACUAAACCGUUUUCCCGCCAAAUAGCGAUUUUGGAAUCUUCCGCGUCACUCCGUCGCCGCCGCCGAAAGCCACCGCAAUGUCAAAGAAAAGGGGCCUCUCAUUGGAAGAGAAGCGCGAGAAGAUGCUUCAAAUCUUUUACGAGUCGCAAGACUUCUACCUGCUUAAGGAGCUCGAGAAGAUGGGUCCCAGGAAGGGUGUCAUUUCUCAGUCUGUGAAAGAUGUGGUCCAAAGUUUAGUGGAUGAUGACCUUGUUUCCAAAGAUAAAAUAGGAACUUCUGUGUACUUUUGGAGUCUACCUAGCUGUGCUGGUAAUCAGCUUAGGAAUGUGUCCCGCAAACUUGAUUCUGAUCUAGAAAGCAGUAAGAAGCGGCAUGCCCAACUUGUUGAUCAAUGUGAGGAGCUAAAGAAGGGGCGAGAGGAAUCUGAUGAAAGAGUGGAGGCCAUUGCAGAUCUAAAAGCCAUUGAGCAAAAGCAUAAUGAAUUGAAGGAUGAGUUGGCAAAGUAUAAAGAUAAUGAUCCGGCUGCCUUUGAAGCAAUGAAGGAAGCAAUUGCAGUUGCCCAUGCAUCGACAAACAGAUGGACAGACAACAUUUUCACCCUGAGGCAAUGGUGUUCGAACAAUUUCCCACAGGCUAAGGAACAACUUGAAAACUUGUACAAGGAGGUUGGUAUAACAGAUGAUUUUGACUAUUUGGAGUUAGCACCUGUCCCACUCAAAACAGUUGCUGAUUAAUUACUUGGCCUAUCUGAAGGCCUAUUCCUACUGCUGGCUGUCGUGCUUCUCUCUGACAAUUAAAAUGCAAAGUUGAGCAUUGUCAAUGACAUCUUCAGAAAUGGCUUGUUAUUUUCUUUUCUUCUCUCUUGCUGUAUUGAUUAUGAGUAGUACCCCUUGAAGCGACCAAACAAAAUGUCUACUAAUUAAGAGGGUUGGGUUUUGUUCUUAAAUGUAAAUUUCCAAUUGAAUUUUAUGAUUUCUUUGUUUGAAACUAAAAUUGAUCCUUCGGGUGCAUUACAAGUCAAAAUCAAAUUUUGUGUCUAUUUCUUCCCAGAUGAAUAUGUGGAUUCGACGAGUCUCUGUUGUGAGAGAUUUCAGAUUUCAGGUUUGGAGUGGCAAGACAACAUCCUCUCUUCUUCAGAUCUCAGGUUUUCAGCUUCGUUUUCCGUCCUGUGUUGUGGAUGUCAGCAUUAUUAUAUGAAUGUGAUUGAUUCUUGAGUGCUUGCUGACA